ACGUUUGCUUUUGCUGUCGCAGGUAUCUAGUGGUGCCAGCGUCAACAGUUGUUUUAUUGAAAGAAAUUCAUGUUUUUUAAGAAAAUUAUUAAAAUAUUCCAUAUAAAAUAUAAAAACAUAAAAAUAUUAACAAAAAUCAUUAAAGUAUAAUGUUCAAAUAUUUUGUGGCAUUAGAAUACUAAAGGAAUCGAUCAAAUUUGCAACAGCAAAAAAAAUGUAAACAAAAAUAGAAAAAGUGUCUCGGAAAAUUACCCAUUUCGCUAAAGAGUUAUAAAAAUAAAUAAAUAGAUAAAUAGGAAAAAAAUACGAUAACAAAAAUAAAUGUAAAAGAAUUAAACAGACCUACCGACAGACAGACAGAGUUACUAACGUCUAUAGAACAAUAAUAACAAAGGGGUUACAACAUACACUUAUGUGGUUAAAACGAAAGAUAAUAACUUUAAAAAUUUAUAUAAAUAAUUAGACUUGGUUAAAAAAAAAAUGUCUCAUGCACGUUAUGAUAAUCAUAAAUAUGCCCGCCUUAAUAAUCAGGAAAUUAAAACUCAACGAUCCUAUUCAGAGGAUGAAAAUGAAGAAAUCGAUUUGAGCGGCACAGAGCAACGUUUUAGAUAUUCUGCAGAUUCAGACGACAACGAUGAUGUGACAACAAAUAAAGGACAACAACAGAAUGGUGGUUAUUUAACUCAUCAUGAUAACGAUGAUGUACUAGAUGGCAGUAAUGGAAGACAUAUAAAUGACAACAACGGCAGCAGCACAGUUACCCUAAGAGAUCGUCUCAAUGACUCGCGUCUUAUGCAAAUGGCUAUUUGUUCUUUACUAACCAUACUGCUGUAUUUACUAUUAUCAAUAUGUUUGACAUUUUACCAGAAGGCUUUAAUUAAGGAAUUAAAUUUCCCAUUAACUAUUGUUAGUUAUCAUUUGGUGCUAAAGUUUAUAAUGGCUUCCAGUGCUCGAGGUAUUUAUAAAGCUGUGGUGGGUAAAUCAAGGAUACAAUUAGAUUGUCGUACAUCGGUAAGAAAAAUGGCUCCCACUGGUUUGGCAAGUGGUAUUGAUAUUGGAUUUUCAAAUUGGGCUUUAGCUUUGGUAUCCGUUUCAUUGUAUACCAUGACAAAAUCAUCGACAAUUGUAUUUAUAUUAAUAUUUGCCAUUUUAUUGGGAUUAGAGAAAAAGAGUUGGUCCCUGGUAUUUAUUGUUGGCUUAAUUGCUGUAGGUCUCUUCAUGUUUACUUAUAAAUCAACACAAUUCGAUACCUUGGGAUUUAUAUUUAUAUUGGUGGCCUCCUUGUGUGGUGGCAUUCGCUGGAGUUUAGCACAAUUUGUAAUGCAAAAAUCUAAAUUAGGUCUACACAAUCCCAUUGAUAUGAUAUAUCACAUGCAGCCUUGGAUGAUAGCAGCUCUAUUGCCCUUUGUUAUAAUAUUUGAAGGCAAAGGUUUAAUAAAAAUUCUAGAAAAUAUGAGCAAUUAUCCCGACAGUACUAUAUAUAUGGUUUUAUUGAAAAUAUCUGCCGGGGCUACGUUGGCAUUUUUCAUGGAAGUUAGUGAAUUUAUGGUAUUAUCGAAAACUUCCAGUUUAACCCUUUCUAUUGCGGGUAUAUUUAAGGAUAUUUUCCAAUUAGUUUUGGCUGUGGAAUAUAAUGGUGAUCAAUUAAGUUUAAUAAAUGCUUUAGGUUUAGUUGUUUGUUUAGCUGGCAUUUGUUGUCAUGUCAUUCAUAAAUAUUCAACUUUAACUAAAUUACAAGAACUACAGUCCUAUGAUGAAUCUUCAGAUUUGCAUUUAAAUGAAGCUUCUCUAAAUGGUAGUGGUUGUGGUGUUGCUGGUAGUAGUACCGGCGCUCAUACAUCAAAUGCUAUAAAUUCCUCAAAUAUCAAUGAUUAUACUUUUACAACAACGAAAAAACAUUCCUCAUUAACUGUUCCUUUAUUAGAAGAAACCGAUACGGAUGAUGACGAUGAUACAUCACCCAAUGGUAAUAAGGAUAAUUCUUCAGAUGUUAUAUUUGAUAUACUUAAACGUCGUGAUAUGCAACGAUGAGUAAGAAAAGUAUGUAUGUAAAUAUUAUAAGCCCCUUCCCCUCCCCCCCAAAAAGAAAACAAAGUAUCAUUUAACAUGUACUAUACUAUAUAUAUAUCUUAAAAAAUUAUUGACUUUGCUAACACAAUUAACUACUUAUUAUAUAAAAGAAACGUAAUUAUAUUUCUAUUUGUAAUUUGUAUUAUUAAGCUUUGCGGCUAAACGUUUAGAGAGAAAGAGAGAGAGUGAGAAAGGAAAGCAAAUUGUUGAAACUGUUAAGAUUUAGAAAUUUGAUUCUGUUUUAUGGUUUAACUAACUUUCAUGUAAUAUUGAUAUUUUUUAGUGUAAAGUGCAUUUUUACUGCUUCAGCAAAAAGUUUUUUUUUAUAAAAAAGCUUUUUUCCUUUUUUAGUAAAAUAAGCUUUUUUUAAAUAUUAUAGUGAAAAGGCUGUGUGUGCUUGAUAUGAAGUUUCUUUAUAAAUUUGUUUUUACUAUUUAUUCAAUAAAUUUGUUUACUGUUUCA